AAGACUAGACUAGACCACUCCAGGGGCUUUCAUACUGAAACAUGUGAUUACUCGAGAUUAAUUUCGGAAAAUUGUGCGAUGAAUUAGUUAAAACAAAAUUAAUCGCUUGACAGAAAUAAAAAUAAUACUUUCGGCAUCGCAAGACCUCCACAUCAUUGAGCAACUUCAUAUUCAGAUAAAUUAUUUUUCUUCAUUACCUUCCUCAUUUUCCUUUUUUUCUGAUCAUGCAGUGAUUGGGAUCUCAAGUGCGGCUACUCCAAAAUGUGCGCUCAAUUCUACGUUGAUUGGGAUGCAGGAAAGGAAAUAUGCUUGGAUUCAUGCGUCCGCACAGAUUCAUACAUCUGGAUAUUUUUGUGCUUAACGACGUUUUCUGGAUUUGAGCAUACGACAGUGAAAUAUGCAGAUUACUUUUAUUUUGAAAUGCAACAUCAGAUUUGGAUGGGACCUCUUUUGGUGGAGACCUGGGGUAGUCUAGUGUCACCCAGAACUGGACUGGUGUUGCGAUACCGCAAUAAGUUUUUAAAAUGUUUUUUUUCAAAAUCAGGGGUAAUGACAGCGAAACAUGCAGAUUUCAGAGGACUUUUAUUUUGAAAUACAAUAUCAGCUCUUCAACAAACCUAUUGUAGUCGAGUCCUUGGUUGGUUUAAUGUCCCACAGAUCUGGACUGGUGUUGUGAUACUAAUGGGAUUAUUUUUUAUAAUUUUUUUGGAAGGAAAAAAAAAGGUGUACCUGCAAUCAUGUAUGGAGACUCUUUUUUUAAAUGCAUCUAAUUAACCUCGUAAUGCCGAGUAUUAGUCAAAUUAGAGGUGGCUGGCUUGACUUCUUUACGAGUGGAAGAUCGCAGUUCUGCAUCGACAUGGAAUUACUAACACUUUUGUUCGUCUGUCUGCUACAUACACACCAGGCGCAAGGAGGGAAAUAGAGCUGCUGCACGUAACUGCCCACGAGAGAACGCACUUCACGUGUGUUUUGAGCUGCACCGCUUCCGGACAAAAUCUUCCACCAAUGGUGAUUUUUAAGCAGACGACUAUGCCAAAAGAAAAACUCCCAAAAGGCGUAGUCGUUAAAGUUAACAAAAAGGGUGGAUGACAGAAAGCUUAAUGAUGAGAAUGACUGACGGAGUGUUACAGUUGGCGUCCGGGAGGAGUUUUUGCCGCAUGCGACGAUCAUCCUUUUCUGAGGUCUGUCAGUGGAUCUUAAAAGCGUGGAGCAGUGUGAAAGAAUCUACGAUCACCAACGGAUUUCGAAAGGCUUGGACUGCUACGUGAGGAGAACAGCACGACUUCAGCGGUAACUGUGUCUCGAGAUGCAAAUGACAUUGAGAGCGACAGAGAGACUGAAAUGGUGUGUGACGGAGACGUUUUGAGGCUCUUCAACUCCGACACUGAAGAAGACGACUUCAGUGGUUUCAGUGAACAGGAGGAGGAUGAACAAAAACAAUGAGCCGUUAUGUUUGAGCCGUUUUACUGCCGUGUUACAUGCACUGUUUGGAAACAAGGGAGUGGAGCAGAGACCAAGUUUGUGAUGCUGGGAACUGAUCUAAGUUUGGACGUGAAGGAACUUGUCACGUUUACUGUGGAUAACGACCAAUUCUUCUGGAAGUUCAAUCAAACGUCCAGCAUUUUAAGAUCAGAUAAAUCAUUUGAAACAAAAAUAUUUCAAAAUUACACAAAAAGAGUCACGUUAUUAAGAAACUUUACCUUGAUAUUAAGAACGGUACAAGCGCUGGACAAUGGACGUUACACUGCAGUGCUUAGCGGUGGUAACGAGCUGACAUAUGCUGAAUACAACGUUCAAGUUAAAGCCGGGGCAUCUCCUGUCAAGGUGAAGGUGGUGUCGGUGUGGGCCGACUCGGACUCCUGUAAUCUGACGGUGACCUGCAGUACCGACACCACACAACUCAAUGCAAUUUUUGAAUGCCGCCAUGAUGUCUGCGAUCAGCGCGGAGACAGACUGUCAAAGGCAGAUGGGCGUCUCAAGGCCUUCUUCUUCAAUUCUUCUAUUGUGUGUGAGCACAGCAACGAGGUUAGCCAGAAUAAGGAGGAAAAGGACGUUCAACAUAUCUGCUCUCAACUUGGCGCAUCCAAUGGAAGCUCAAUAGCCCCCUGGAUCUGGAUACUACUCUGUUCAGUACUUGUUGGCAUUUUCCUUGUUCUUAUUAUUAUUUUUUUAAGAAAAAGACAAAGACUGGCAACCAGGCAAACAGAAUGUGGAGUUCUUCGGGUAAAUCCUCAAAUCCUACAAUCUGCCAAAAGGCAUAGUAGCCGAAAAAUAGUUAAACAUUUUCAUUUAAUUUGCUUGCAGGAGAUCAACCCGAUACAAAAUGUGAAUGCCAUUCACGUUUGUAAUGACGGCAAUCUUUCUGAGACCACCACCUACUCUUUGGUGGGAUAUCACACAAGACUACAUACGUUCUCAGAGCUGCAAAACCCAGAAGACACUGGAACAGGAUCAUGCUAGUCCCCGCCCACAAUAGUAACCCAUUUUUGGCAUUGUAAUGAUGCAGACUUCAUGUUUAUGCAUUUCUUUGUCUUAUGUCUGUAGUCAUUCGUCUUAUGUCUGUAGUCAUUCAGGUCAUGGUAAUCCCCGAAAGUCAAAUGAAGGCAGCUAGACUCUUCUUUUGGGGAAAACAUUUCACUUUUAAUGCAAAAGGCUUCUUCAGUUCUAAAUUGUAAGUGUGGAGUAGUACAGCAGAGCAAUCUUACAAAUUAUGACAUACGCACCAAAUUUGGCACAGGUACUCCUUCGACAUUACUCUUGAAAAAAAACAUAGGCCACUUGAAAUUCAAUUUGGCUGCUGAUUUUCAAGAUGGACACGAUAUCUGGUACACAAAUGUUACAUUUUGCAAUAAAUAUGCACAGACUUGCCCAAUAGGGAUGAUUCUGGCAUCACACUAUACAUUUUUGUACAUUUAUAGAUUCCAAUUCCGGGACUCUAUAAAUCCCUCAGUAGCUUAAUUUUGCUUUAUUUUGGCCCUAGAUAAAAAUUAAUCCACAAAGAUUACUUUAGUUUGCGUGUUUGUACAGACUGUAGCAAUAUAGUUAGGGGUGUAGGGCGUUGGAGGAAAGGUAGUAGCUUUGUUUCAGCAGUCGGCCACAUUCUCUGAAUGGACUCCUGGCAGCGGUCCUCACUGCUUACCUACAGUAACUCUCACCUGCGGCGAGUGUACGGCAACAGCCACACCCCAGUACGGGCUAAAUUACGUGAGGGUAGCACACAGAGGGUCUCUUUGUGUGCCUGCUGCGGAAGUGCAGAGACAGGGAGACAGGAGCGAUAUGGGCACUCUCUUCUAGGCCAGACACUUGUGCAUGUGUCUGACACUUUCAAAUUAAAGACCCUGUAAAGUGAAUUCAGAGACUUGUCUUUUUCUGAUAGAAUAAUUAAGGAACCAAUCUUGUCUUUAUGUUUUUUUUUUAAAUACAAAACGCUAUUUACAUGGGCACGGUGGGCGACUGGUUAGAGCGCCUGCCUCACAGUUCUGAGGACCAGGGUUCAAUCCCCGGUCCCGCCUGUGUGGAGUUUUCAUGUUCUCCCCGUGCCUGCGUGGGUUUUCUCCGGGCACUCCGGUUUCCUCCCACAUCCCAAAAACAUGCAUUAAUUGGAGACUCUAAAUUGCCCAUAGGUGUGACUGUGAGUUGUAAAUCAUUUCCCUGAGAUUUCCGGUACGACUUCCGGCUAGGGGAUUUCCGGCUUCUGAUGGUACCGUUUCCGGUAUGAUUUCCAGUCGGGGAGAUUUCCGGUGGGCGAUUUCCGGCCCGAUUUCCGGUCCCAUUUCCAGAGACGUCAAAUCCGAUACCGUGAACACUUCUGGCCUAAGGUCAUAAAAUCAUCACCUGUAUAAUUUUGACAUUGAGUGGAGAUUACAACUCUCUCAUAUCCUGACAUUUCUCCCCCAAAGAUUGUCUUAUUCCAUAUGAAAAAGGGCCAUUAAGGAGCUGUUUUGCCACCAGGCAGGUGAGCGACCCGUUGGAAUCUAGGACGGUUGUACACACUUGGCAACAACAACUCUCAUGUGACAACCCCUCAGUGGAAACAUAGUAAAUUGGAGCACUCUAUACCUACGUUUGAAAACUAGAAGAGUCCAGUUGCCUCAAAUGAACUUUUGCAGAACUCCAUCCAUCCAUCCAUCCAUUUUCUGAGCCGCUUCUCCUCACUAGGGUCGCGGGCGUGCUGGAGCCUAUCCCAGCUGUCAUCGGGCAGGAGGCGGGGUACACCCUGAACUGGUUGCCAGCCAAUCGCAGGGCACAUCGAAACAAAUAACCAUUCACACUCACAGUCAUGCCUACGGGCAAUUUAGAGUCUCCAAUAAAUGCAUGUUUUUGGGAUGUGGGAGGAAA